AUGGCGGUUCUUCCUCUGCGGGUGAAAAUGUUGCAGCAGGUCUGGAGGUCGAAGGGCGUCUUCAUCCUCGUCUGCAGUCCGUUUCUCCUGCUGCCGCUCGCCUUCAGCACCACGUGGAAAGCUGGAGGUCUUCACGUCUGUCACACGAGCCUCGUUCCUCACGGUGAUUCCUCUUCUGUGUGUCAGUUCAACACGGCCGUGGAAAACGUGAAGCCCGUCGUCGUGGCGACGGAGGGCGAAGAGGCGAGGACGACAUGGGAAGUGACAUCGUCAGAUUCGUCCGGUUGUCAGAAAACAGAAACCUUCGACUCGGUCUUCAUCUGCUCGGGGCAUUACUCCGACCCGCACGUCCCGCACAUACCGGGGAUCGAGAACUUUAAAGGGGCGGUGCUCCACAGCCAUGCAUACAGGUGUGCGGAGGUGUUCUCGGGCCGGUCGGUGGUCGUUCUGGGAGCCAAAGCUUCAGGUUUGGACAUUUCCAUCGAGCUGGCUAAAGCUGGAGCUCAGGUGACUCUGAGUCACGGCCGUCCUCGUCUCACCUGUCCUCUGCCGGCCGGGAUCCAACAGUCCAGCUCCGUGGUGGCGGUCGAGGAGGACGGCGGCCUUCGUUUCCAGGACAGCUCGACCGCCGCCGCUGACGUCCUGAUGUUCUGCACCGGCUACAACUUCAGCUUCCCGUUCCUGGACACGUCUCAGCUGGGUCUGCAGGUCCAGGACCACCUGGUGUCCCCCCUGUACCGCUUCCUGAUGCCCCCCGCCUUCCCGUCGCUCUUCUUCAUCGGCAUCUGCAAAACCGUCUGCCCCUUCCCCCACUUCAACUGUCAGGUCCAGUUCGCUCUGUCUGUGUUGGACGGCUCCGUCUCUUUACCGUCCGCCGCUCAGAUGGAGGAGGAGGUCCGGCGGGAGCUGCGGGAGAAGGAGGAGCGUGGCGUCCUGCAGCGCCACCUGCUGAUCCUGGACCAGGACCAGUGGGACUAUCACCAGACGCUGGCUCGCACCGCCGGCUUCCCGCCGCUGCCGCCGGUCGUCCGCAGCCUGUAUGAGGAGGUGUGGCGACAGCGCCGACUUCACCCCGAAAACUACCGCCGGCUGAACUACAGGCUGGUGGACGACAUUCGGUGGGAGCUGACGCACGCCGAUCAGGUUUGAUCUGUUCGAAACUUUAUCGACAGCAGCAAGUCAAAACCAUCAGACGGCGGCGUCCUGCAGACGACCGAUAUCUGAGGCGAGGAUCCACCGCCACGCUCGUCUGAUGAGCCGCUCUGUCAAACAAAACCCUCACCAGAGUCUUUAUCUCAGUCUGCAGACCGUCAGCAGCAGCUCGCUGCGAGGAAUCACGCGCCAUUUUAAAUUCUGUACUCGGACAGCGGGCCAAAGAUGGAGCUGCUCGCCGGGUUUCUGCCCUCCGGUGCAGGAGUGUUUCUCCCGCUGGCUCCGCCCACCAGCUCCCGCUCGCCUCGUAGGCUUCGUGCUGUGAUGACGUCACAGAUUUUUUUAGUAAAAAAACUGAUCAAACGUUCACGACAGAAAGAGUCAGAACUGAUGUUUUUGCAGUUUGCGUCGUGCAAACCGCGAGUGGCGACCAAGACGAUGUGCCGCCAAGCUGAGCGGCGCCUCUUUGGCUCUCACACAUUUGGUGCCCCGAGACUGAGGCCAAACAGAAACCUUCAAAUGUUGAUAACAGUAAUAUUCUCAUGCUUUCUACGCCGAACACGAUAAAAACGUUGUGUUACUCGCUCGUUUACGGCUGCAGGAGUAUUUCCGGAGCAGCAGCUGUGCUUGAAUAGACGCGCUUUCACUUCCAUCGCAUCGCUUCCAUCUCACCGCCCAGUGUGAAUUUGUGUCCGUUUCUCGUCUUUUCAUUGACCGUAUGUGAACUCGCUGCACAAAACGCUGGCUUUGCCUUCUGUGUGAACGCAGCAUGACGGAUAUUUUCCUCAACUGAACAUUUUCAUAAUUCAGCUUUCUCUUUCUCGGUAACCGAAGACGUCAUAAAACACACUCCAUUCAGACCGGACAGAAACAAAAUCCAACUCACACAAAGCGUCUUGUUAGUGAUCUAGUUAGUAAGUCUUCUGUUCAUCCAAUCAGCAGCUCCGCUUUGGUCCAAAUAAAUCCUAAAUUCACAGAGUUAGAAAUAAAAAAUACCGUUAAUCCCCACAGUCUGCAGACCGCCGGCUGGUUACAGUCCUGUAACUCCUCCACCCAGGUGUCACUGUGACUUUAAGCUGCCUGUUUCACCAGCAGGGACCGCAGACUGAGCUCUCAUGGUGCGUGCUGUGCACUAAGUGAAAUGACUUUAACAGAGAGAGGAGUGCCUGGAUUUUUGCCGAAAAACAAACCUUCAGAUUUCUCAACGCUCUGAUACAUCGUGUUGAUGUUUUGUUGUUUUUUAUUCCUCUUUUGUGCCAAAACACAGAAAUCUACAUUUAAUAUAAAAUAAUUGAAUAAAAGAUGAAACACAAUAAUGGAACAAUCUUUAAUAUAACCAUCCAUAUGAAAAACUCUUUUAAAGAAAAAAAAGUUCUUGAAAAGUAUUUUUACUUGAUAUAUUUCAUCGUGAUCACUCCUCCGUCACAAUAACGAACGGUGCAAAUUAAUGUGAGAUUUUCUGAUCAUCGUUUUUAAGACUUGAAUGAUUUAAGACGUUUUAAUACCAAUGAAGGCCUUAAUCUUAAGUGAAUGAAUUCGGUGCCUUUUAUUAACGCGGGAAAAUGUUUUAUUAUUGAUGCUGUGAUGAGCUCAGCUGCCUCUGAUUAACUCUGUAAACUGCCUCAUCCAUCAGAAUAAAAAUGCCUUAAUGAUAAAUGAUUUUAGGACCGGUGGUUCGAUGUUACCUCAUCAAACCCAGAGCCAAUCAGCUGCUGCGUAGACGUCAGCUAAUUAUGUCCAUUUGUAUUUUUGUGAAGAACGUCAUGAAAUCACAAAAACCUUCAUGAUGUCAGCUUAGUAGGGUCAUUAAAAAACGGAAAUGUCAUGGAGUUUGCAAAUAGCAAUUUCCAGGACUGGAAAAGUUUUGAAACACAAAAUAUAAUCUGAAAGGUUUGGAAAGUCCUGGAAUUUUCUCUUGCAAACCUGUGUAAUAACACACGAUAUGUUCAAGGACCGUCAGAAAUGUGAAAUUCCAACAAUAAUGAAAAUAAUGAAUUUUUAAAGAACAAA